AUCAAAACUUAACAAAACCCCUAAUUACUUUCUGUGCUCGUGGCAUAUUCGCAUAGACUUCACCUCCAAGGCAAUAACAUUCCGUGAGUGUCUUAUAAAUAUUAGCAUUGCUUUGCCAUCUUCUUCACAGCAACAUUUCAUCCUAUCACAACCUCAAAAACACCUAACAAAAAUACCCAGAAUGGCCGAAGUACUCUUUGAUAUUGCUUGGGAGAUCAUUAAGAAGCUGGUUUCUCGAGCCCUGCAAGAGAUUGGAGUGUGGUGGGGUGUCAAAGAUGAGCUUCAGAAACUCGAAGGCACAGUCUCCACAAUUCGGGCUGUACUUCUCGAUGCUGAGAAGAAGAAGGCCCUAAACGAACAAGUCAAAGUUCGGCUUGGAAAGCUUCAAGAAAUUGUUUAUGAUGCUGAUGACUUAAUAGAUGACUUUGCCACUGAAGCUUUGCAGCGCCAAGUGAUGACUGGAAAUAGAAUGACAAAGGAGGUAAGCCUUUUCUUUUCUUCUUCGAAUCGGCUUGUUUAUGGUUUUGAGAUGGGUCAUAAAAUUAAGGCAAUUAGGGAGAGAUUACUUGAGAUAGAUGCUGAUACAGAAUCAUUCAACUUAGAGGUUCACAAUGAGGAGAGGGAUUAUACAACUAAGGUCAGGGAUCAAACUGAAUCCUCUGUGCCUGAAGUUGUUAUUGGGAGAGAGGGUGACAAAAAGGCAAUUAUAGAACUUCUGUUGGCUUCCAACAGUGAAGAGAAUGUUUCAGUUCUCUCAAUUGUUGGAAUUGGGGGAUUAGGGAAGACUACACUUGCUCAAUUCAUAUUCAAUGAUGAGCAAGUUAGUAAACGUUUUGAAGUAAAGUUGUGGGUUUGUGUAUCAGAUCCUUUUGAUGUGAAAAUGAUUGUUAAAAAAAUCUUAGGGCCUGCAAAGGGUACAAAGUCAGAAGAACCUGAGCUAGAGACAUUGAAAACUGACCUUGGAAAAAUUAUUAAUGGAAAAAAAUAUAUGCUAGUGUUGGAUGAUGUAUGGAAUGAAAAUCGUGAAAAAUGGGAUAGUUUGAAGAAAUUAUUAGUGGGUGGUUCUGGCGGGAGUAAAAUAUUAAUAACCACUCGCUCUAGAAAAGUAGCAGAGGUAGCUAGCACAGUGGAACCCUACGUUUUGGAAGGCUUAUCUCCAACUGAAUCUUGGUCUUUGUUCCUUCGAGUAGCUCUCAAAGGACAAGAACCAAAAGAUUCAAGUGUUAAAAAAAUAGGGGAGCAGAUUUUAAAGAAAUGUGUUGGAGUUCCCCUUGCAAUAAAGACAAUUGCAGGUCUUUUAUACUUCAGAUAUCCAGAAACUCAAUGGUUAGUUUUCUUACAAGAGGAACUCUCUAUGAUAGCUCCGAAUGAGAAUGACAUUUUGCCAACCCUUAAAUUGAGUUAUGAUCAUCUGCCAUCACAUUUGAAACAUUGUUUUGCAUUUUGUGCAUUAUUUCCCAAAGAUUAUGUGAUUGAUGUGAAAACAUUAAUUCAUCUUUGUAUUGCCCAAGGAUUCAUUGAGUCAUCAAAUUCAAAUCUAUGUGUUGAAGACAUUGGGCUACAGUAUUUUACAGAGUUGUGGUGGAGGUCAUUUUUUCAGGAAGUAGAGAGGGAUGAAUUAGGCAGUGUAGAAAGUUGCAAAAUGCAUGAUUUGAUGCAUGACCUCGCAACUUCAGUUGCUGGGAAGAGCAUUUGCAUAAUAAAUUCUGAAGAAAAAAGUGUGGAUGAAAGUGUCCGUCACGUGUCAUUUGACUUCUGCUUAAAUUCAUCCCAACAAAUUCCUACUGGAUUAAGCAAUGCACUAAAAUUGAGAACGCUUCUUUUUAAUCGUACUGGUGGAAGUAGGUUGUCAAUCUCUGAAGUUAUUGUUUCAAACUUUAGAGUGUUACGGGUGUGUGAUAUGAAUUGGGCAAAGAUUGAAGAAGUGCCCAAUUCCAUAAAUAAACUAAAACAUCUGAGAUAUCUUGAUGUUUCUCAUAAUGAGAAAAUCGUAGCACUUCCAAAUUCUAUUACGAAUCUACAAAAUUUACAAGUGCUAAAUGUCUCAUGGUGUAGUAGUCUAAAGGAACUGCCUGAAGAUAUUAAAAAAUUGAUUAAUCUUAGGCAUUUGUAUUGCGAUUACUGUUCGAAUUUGACCCAUAUGCCACGUGGGCUUGGGCAAUUGACUUCACUUCGAACGUUGACAUGGUUUGUAGUGGCAAAAGAUAAUUCAGUGGCAAAGAAUGUUGGAGGAUUAAAUGAAUUGAAUAGCCUCAACAAUUUGAGAGGAAGUCUUAAAAUUUGGAAUUUGGGAUAUGUGAAAAAUGGGAUAAAAAAUCCUAUUUUGAAAGACAAGUCGCUUCUUCAAUCAUUGUCUUUAUCUUCGGAUCGAGAUGAUGAUGCAAAUGUUGAAAGUGAAGAAAUGGCAUUCAAAUAUCUCGAACCGCAUCCUAAUCUUAAAGAGUUAAAGGUGUUUUCGUACAGAGGCACGGGGUUUCCAAGUUGGGUUUCUUCCCUCACAAAUCUUGUCAAUAUUCGGUUAGGGAAUUCCAGAUGUCAGCAUCUCCCACCGCUGGAUCAAUUCCCUUCACUUCAAAUGUUAAGUAUUUGGGGAUUAGAUGAUUUAGAAUACAUAGAAAUUAAGGGACAGGCAACAUCAUUCUUUCCAUCCCUCAAGUUUCUAAGAUUGGGUUGUUGUCGUAAGCUGAUAGGAAUGAAGAGGUAUGAAGAUGACAGUGAUGAUUCAACCACCAUAUCAUCACCAGACCUACUCCAAUUUCCUUGUCUUUCUCGGUUCAUUUGCUUUGAUUGCCCUAACUUGAGUUUGAUCCCUCAGUUUCCAUCUCUCGGUGAAGAAUUAGAAUUGAGGGAAGUGAGAGUGGGACUUGUGCUGCAAAUAUUCACAACACCAACUUCUUCUUCUUCUUCCUCAAUCGUUCCUCCUCUCUCUAAAUUGAAGAAGCUCAUUAUUGGGGGCAUUAAGGGUCUCGAAUUUCUCGAAUUUCUAACUCCAGAUGGACUAGAUUAG